AGCACGGUCUGCUGACCAGCGGGCCGAGCCGUAACGCGUCUGAACGUAACUAUCUGCGCACAAUCUAUCAACAGCAGAUUCUUGUAAAGAGCUUGAUGUUACUCGUCCUGAAAAUUUUAAGUGAGCAACGAUGGUUUACAAGUACACGGUUCGACACGGUAAGCCGGAAGACUCCGGAACUAUCCUUGAGUUCUUGAAAGAACACUCCAAGAUCGAGGACUUCACUGCCGUUGCUCUCAAACACGCGGAGGAAGACUUGAGGAGCCACAGCUUUGGAGACGAGGCUCCCUUCCAUUUCUUGGUGUUAGAGACAACAGGUGAUGGCCCAGGCGAGACAGCAGGGCCAGAGGUCGUUGGUUGUAUUGGUUACUUCCUCGCCUACUGCUCCCUAAAAGGACGGAUGCUUUUUUUGGAUGAGCUUUUCGUUCAAGCCGCCCACAGAGGAAAAAGUCUUGGAAGGAUGCUACUGGGGAAAGCUGCCGAGGUUGCUAUUAAAAACCAUUGCAAGGGCAUGAACUGGCUGCUAGGGGGAGCUAACAAGAACGCCGCGGAGUUUUACGGCCACCUCAACUGUCCCAAUAUGACCAAACAGCACGGGCAGAGAUUCGUACGCAUCCCGAGAGAUAGUUUUGAACAGCUGGCGGACACGAUGCCCAAAACAGGGUCAAAUAUCCAGUUUCUUUAGAGUCAAGUGAGAGAAAUGGUAAUGCAGGUUGGCAUAUUUAAUACUGUGAUGGAAUGUGAGUAAUUAUGCACGACCAUUAGAAGAGUAAAAUUGAAAUAAUCAUUCCAUAUACUUAGUACUUUGAUGUGAACAAACACUACCAAAUGCAAACAAUAUGCACAAUAGAAUGCUCCAAUGCAUAGUUUCAACUGUUCAUAUUAAUGCACGUGAUUACCAUGUCCUACAUGUUCCAACACUUUAUCUCUUCGGUGUCAACACUUGAAUAACAUUAGGACAACGGGUUCUUUAUAGCAACAUAAUGUCCGGUCGCAUGAACCUUUAUCUGCCAAUUUUGUAAAGAUCUUGGGUGUUUUAUUAUUGAUUUAGAUUUAGCUUAAAUUGUGGAAAAUCUGUGGGAAAGGCGUGAUUAAAACAAAUACCGACUGCUUCAUCUCUCGGUAUAGUAAAUCUAGUCUCCCUAGAGUGAUCCCAUGAAGCGCUUUAAUUUCCCUCGGCUUGAUUAUCACCAGUGCUGCUCUCUUUUUUUACAUGUUUUUAAAUAAGACAUCUCUUUCAUUUACUGCAUAUAACAAGUUUUGAAAUGUAAAAUUCUCUCAUUUGAGGGACGACAAUACUUUUCUGUUUAUUUUCCGGCAUUUGAACCUUCGCUGAGCCAACUCAAAAUCUUUGGUUCUCGUUCGGUCGGAACAAUGGUUUCAUAUAAAGGCAUAUCCAAAUCGCAAAACGCUUUACCAAUGACCAAUUUCAUGGUUUGGGUAGCCAAAACAAACCCUAGCUGAACAUCCAGGGUGCCACUUUUGCCUUGACAAAAGGCUAAAACGGAGAUGAGAGGGGGCGGCAUUUAUCCGUCUGACUGAAAGGACAUAGAUAUAUUGGCUUGUAUUUUAUUUUGCAUUGAUAGGGGAAUGUUCAAAGGGAAUUUUACUGGGAUUUUAUAAGGAACAAUAUCUACCGAGACUUGGUCAUUGCAGUGGUAUGAGCAAGGCAGUGUCACCUAUUUAGAUUGGUUAAAAGAGUCAGUGAAGGCCGCUGACGAAAUUUCGAGAACAAAAUAUGAAGAUUACAUUGACGGGGUAAGGGUAAAGAUCAAUCCAGGCAGACGGCCAAUUUGGAGACCCUUUAAGCACUCAAGCAAAAGCUACUCGUGUCAAGAAGAUGAUGAUACCGGAAUAUUUAAGAAGACCUUAAAGACAAAGUUAAUAAAGGUAUGGCAAAAUGAAA